AGCAACAGCAGCAGCAGCAGCAGCAGCAGCAGCAGCAGCAGCAGCAGCAGCAAGAAGAACAAGAAGAGGAGACACUUAUGCAUAUGCUGGGCUCCCAUAUUUUCACCCCCAAGCUGCGGGGAGACACCACGGGCACAGACUCCUUUGCGCUGCGCAGCAGCAGCAGCAGCAGCAGCAGCAGCAGCAGCAGCAGCAGCAACAGCAGCAGCAACAGCAACAGUAGCGGCAGCCUUGGGAACGCAAACAACAGCAACGGACAGCCAGUGAAACUGCUGCAGCGCAAUACGGCGCAGCAACAACAGCAGCAGCAGCAGCAGCAACCGGCCCCUCCUCGUUCUGCUGCAGCAGCAGCAGCAGCAGCAGCAGCAGCAGCAGAAGCAGUAGCAGAGCCACGCUGUGCUUCCUGCUGCUGCGGUGCAGCACAACACACCAUAUAUGCAAACUGCGGCGUGUUGAUGCUGCCCCUGGACCACAUAUCCAGCAGCAGCAGCAGCAGCAGCAGCAGCAGCAGCAGCAGCGGGAGCAGUUUGCCUCUGCAGGCAUUGUUGCUGUCUGGUGUGUUUGCUCCGUUUGGUUUUGCUGCAGCAGCAGAUGCUGCGCUGCUGCAGCUGUUUCCUUUUCUGCUGCCGCCGCCGCUGCCGCUGCUGCCCGCGCUGCUGGGAGUUGAUAUGGCGCUAUCGAUCCCGCUCCCCACGCUGCUGCUGAAGGCGAUGGCAGCAGAGUUGCUGCAGCAGCAGCAGCAGGCAGCAGCAGCAGCAGCUGCUGCUGCUUACCGCGCAGCUCGAGAGGUCCUGCUGCUGCAGCAGCAGCAGCAACAACAAACGUGCUCCGACACCGACACUCUUGCUGCUGCUGCUGCUGCUGCUGCUGCAGAAGCUGCUGCUGCAGCAGCAGAGGGGAUGCUGUAUUCACUAGCUGCUCGUGCGGAUGCAGCAGCAGCAGCAGUUAUAAAAGGAGCAGCAACUGCUGCUGCUCCUCCUGCGGGCUCUAGCCUGCUGCGCCGCUGGCAGCAACAGCUGAGGGGCAGGCCUAGCAGCAGCAGCAACAGCAGCAGCAGCAACAGCAGCAGCAGCAGCAGCAGCAGCAGCAGCAGCAGCAGCGUGUUAGAGGCAACGCUGCGGCUGCCUUCUAUCCGGAGCCUCAACUCUGCCGUCCGCUUAGCGCUUCCUUCUCCUCCACGAGCAGCAGCAGCAGCAUCUGCUGCUGCUGCUGCUACGGCAGCAGCACCAGCAGCAGCAGCAGCAGCAGCAGCAGCAGGAGACAGAUUGUUUGAAGCUCUCGACCUGUCUCUGUCUUCUCUUGCUUUCUCUGCUGGGGGCCCCAAACCCCCCAGCCCGGGGGCUAUGUAUACAGCAGCAAUGCGCAGCAGCACAACUGCAGCAGCUGCUGUUGCUGCUGCUGAUGCUGCACUGUCUCGCUGUGUUGCUGCUGUCUACAGAAGACGUCAGCAGCAGCAGCAGCAGCAGCAGCAGCAGCAGCAGCAGCUGUGGAUGAUCGAGCUCUCUUCCUACAGACUGCAGCAGGACUGCAUCAUCGGGGGCCCAUCAGCAUCAGCAGCAGCAGCAGCAGCAGCAGCAGCAGCAGCAAGUGAUGAUUGCAGAGAUGCUGCUGUGCUGGUAGCAGCAGCCAGGGGAGAGUCAGAAGGUGCAGCAGCAGCAGGAGCAGCAGCAGCAGCAGCAGCAGCAGGAGGAAUGUCUCAUCUAUGCCGUGCUGUGGCUGAGGAGACAGUAUUGUGGGCAGCAGCACCAGCGGGUGCUGCAGCAGCACCGAGUGCAGCAGCAGCAGCAGCAGCAGCAGCAGCAGGAGCAGCAGGAGGAGGAGCAGCAGCAGCAGCACUGCAGCACCAGCAGCUGCAUGGGCCUGCUGCUUCAUGGGGUGUCUCGAUGCUGCUGCAGCACUCUCCUGUCUUUGUUGCUUCUCCCCUUCUCAAGGCUCGUUGUCUUGCCGCUUUCUCUCUGCUGCUGCGCUGCUGCUGGCUGCCGCUGCUGGGAGGAGACAAAGAGGAGACAGAAGAGUUAGCUGCUGCCUUCGAGCGCUGUCUGCUGCACCGGCUGCAGCAGCUCGGAGACACCGCAGCACAGCAGCAGCAGCAGCAGCAGCAGCAGCUCUGCUGCACCGGCUGCAGCAGCUCGGAGACACCGCAGCACAGCAGCAGCAGCAGCAGCAGCAGCAGCUGCUGCAGCAGCAGCAGCAGCAGCAGCAGCAGCAGCAGCAGGGGAUGA